AUGCGGUGUACCCAAGGAUCCAACUCAGACACCGCGAAGCAUGCAGAGGCGCCUCCGCAUGCGGGUCUGGAGGCCGAGAGGGAAGAGUCCAAAAUCAUGUGUGCCUACAGGAAAAGGAAGCCAAAGGCAGGGCCAUGGAGGCUGAGGCGUGCAGCUCGCGCAGGAGAUCCCUCGUCGGCGAGGAGUGACGCGGCGGACGACAGACGAGCGGAAGACCUCCACAGCAUUCCGGAGAGCGCCGUAGCCCCGGGAGAUGAGAGAGAGGCCCUCGGCUCCGAAGUAGCACGACACGGGAUGCACAUUGCGGAAGACAGCAAAGCCGCCAGGGCGCAGCGAAGGCCCUGGCCACGACCGCGCGGGGGCUCUAGGCGCGAACUCGCGGUACUUGCACUCGCGGGGGGACGAAGUGAGAGACUCACGAGGCAGCGCCGGACAGACACUGGCGAGGCGAGUGGCGCCGCGGCGGAGACGCCAGCCUCACUGGAUGCUGCAGACACCUCGACAGAGGUAGGAAGUGGAGAGCGCGAGGCUUCAGCUCCUCGGCAGGACUCCGAACCCGAAGGCGUAGCCGCCGAUAGAGAGACGACGCCGGCAGCUCACGCAUCCGACAGAGGUGGACAGGACGGGGUGCCCACGAGCCAAGAGGAAGAGCGGAAGGAAGAGGCGAUAGGAAGAAGGAGCAGCCGAAAGCGAGGAAGGCGCUUCCAAGUAGCAGACACUGAGGACGAAGAGAGCGUCUCAGAGACGUCUUCUCGAGUGAAUCGAGAGCUUGCGUCAGGGAGCGAAGAGAAGGUGCAGGCAGCAGCCGCACCAGGGGCGGAAAUCGAGCGCACGCGUUACUCUUACGAUGCGGCUUCUGCGACAGGCGACACAGAGGCGGAAGUGAAACUCCACACGACAGAGGCCGAGGAGGUGACGCAAUCCGACGAGUUCGCUUCCGCGACGGUCGGGUGUGCGCCGGAAGAGACAACCAAGCCUACCCUUCAGGCGACAGAGGCGCCGAAGCGGGAGGGGAUCCAACACGAAUCCAAAGGCGUUCCGAAGACAAAGUCAACAAAGCUUCGCCACCCAGCGACUGCGGCACCGUCUCUAGAUGCGUCGAGCGGGCACGGAAGGCGAAAGGAGAGGCAUCUGGAGGCGCGCGAAGAUGUGCUGGAGAAGGAGGGGGGUGGCGGAGGAGCUACGGAGUCUAUUCGUUCACCGGGCAUGUGCCUGAGAAGCAGUGAAGAAAAGGCGCAGGACCAGCAGGCGAACGCUGCUGGCGAGUCCCUGACAGUCGCCGCGGCAGAGAGAACUCGGGACGCCAAGGAAGAAGCUGCGGAUGGCGACGCGCGAGGCGACUGUCAAACCUGCUCGCGAACCGCCGCGAAGAAUAAGCCUUCCUCUCCUCUUCAACCGCCGGACUUCUCUCCGUCAUCUGUCGCGCUCGAAGCGCCUAGGGCCGAUGGGCUCUCCCUCGUUUUUCUACCUGGCCUGCCGUCGUCGCCGGUCGAGGCGGGAAGCGACCCCGCGAGGUCUUCUAAAAGACAGCAGGCUUGCGAAACGAGGAGCCUCGAGGUAGCCUCCGGCGACAACAGGGACGCCAGCGCCUUCACUCCAGUGGCGAUGCUAAACACCUCUUCCCGGCUCGCCUCCGUCGCUGCGACCGGCCUGGCACCCGCAGGCGACCAGAGCUGCGAGGCAUCGCAUCUUGGCUCCUCUGCGCCCCCCUCGGAAACGGUCCUCUCGCUCGCCCUGGGCAAGGUGCGCGCUGCAGAGAGAGAACGAGAGGACAAAGGCGACGACCGGGAGGCGAAGAGCGCGAAGAAAGAUGAGGCCGACAGCCCCGUCAACGAGCGGGAAGCUGCCGCGCCGGGAGGCGACGCGCCCGUCGACGGGCGACUCCAAGACGGAUGUCGACGCGAGGCGAGAGGCACCGCGCAAGACUACACGGAAAUGAUGACGCAAAGGGCGGGAGAGGCGGGGGAUGACACCCGGAGGAACAUGGCCUCCGCAUCCGCGGCUGCUUCGUCUGACGCGCCUGAAGGAGAGCCCGAUAGAAGGCAAGGCAGGCAGCAAACAGACAGGACGCAGGAGACACACGCGAGGGAGCGCGACGAGGCAAGGGAAGGGGAGGCUGGCGGCAGUCGUAUUGAGACUCUCGCCUACUGCUGUCUGGGCUCUCCGCCUCCCCUUCAGCCGCUCCUAAGCCAGCGACUCUGGAGCGUCUCUGCCUUUUUGCAGAGGCGAGGCGACAAGAGCGAAGGGAGAGACAAGGUGAAGCAAAACGCCCUGCCUUCAGCCCCCAGGGCCCUGACGGCGACCCCCCUCAGCUGCCUGACGCAGCGGCUGUACACGCGUUUGCCCUCUGCCGCGGAGGCCAGAGGCCGCAGCAGAGCGUCCCCCCCCUCGGCUCGAAAAGGUGAGCCGUCAAGCGACUCCAGCGGGGAACGCGAGGGGACAAAAGAGACGACAGCAUCACCCGAGGAGAAGGGCGGUGCUCGCCAGGCCACUGCGGAGAGUCGGGAGUCGAAAUGUGUCGAAUUUGAGGGCGCAAAAGAUUGCAUCGAGGAGUCGCACUUCGCCGGGGGCCGUGGCGGACGCUACGACCGCCAGGAGCGAGGAUACAAAGAAAAAGCGGUCACUGAAGAAAGAGAAGUGUUCGACGGGAACAAGGACAGAACAGGGCACGAUCCCGAUAAUCGACACUCGUCGCUGACACGUUCGCCGUAUGAAGGCGCAGCCGCGGACUCAAGAAACAGGUCGCUACCCCCACGGAGGACAUCCGUCGACUCCCGGCACGCGUUCCCGCGACGGCACCGCGCCCUGGGCCGCCGCGACCUCUUCCGGGAAGAGGAGAGAAGGCCGCGGAGGGCGUGGAGUUCGCGGAGCGAAAGCAGCUCGAGGUCUGCCAGCACGCAGCCGCCGGGACGGCGAGAAUACUUCGACCGCGGCAGCAGCUCGUCGCCCGAUGCGAGGAGACACCGCUCGAGGGACAGAUCUCGCGAGCUACGCGGGUCUAGGGAAACCAGCAGUGACCGUAGCCCAAAGCACGAACGGCAUUCGGCGGAGGGCGGGAGCGUCUGGGGGGAGGAGCGCGGCAGCUCGUCAGCGAGUCGACGUCGCGGAUGCGGGGGCAGGGAACCGGUCGGCCGUCCUUCAACCGAGCGGCACACGCACCCGGAGCACAGACGCGAAAGAAGAAAAACAGACGCAGAACGCGAUCGCUCGCGCGGCAGCUCUCAACCUUUCCGCAGGCGCAGCCACCACGAGACGCAGUUCUGCAGGCGCCGAGACGACACACAGAGAGAGGCUUGGGCGCACUCCAGAGACGCCUCUGAGAAAGACUCGCCCAGCCGCACAGGCCGGGGGCAGCGUUCCCGCAGCCGGGAUGGAGCCUCGCACAGACGCAGGAGAGGGUCGUAUCGAGAGAGGAGGUGCGACGACAGAGAAAGUGAUGCGGGUCAACGGGACAGUGGAGGCGGCACUGCGCGCACAGGCGCCAGGAGUCGCGGGCGCCCUUUCGCUGAAGACAUCCAGUUUUCGCCAGAGACACGAAGCCUGCAAAACGACGCACGCAUGCCGGCGACGAAGCGCGCAAGCGAACGGGGUGCAUCGGAGAGGCACCGAGACAGGAACUUGACACGCCCUCUCGUAUGGCUUGGCUCAAGAAAACACUCCCGGGAAAGGAGCCCGGAGAGUCGCAGAGGCGCAUACUCCCACUCCCCCGUUCAUCGCCACAGUGGCGGGCGAGUUCAGGUCCGUGGACACCCUUCAAGCCGUCAGCGGCAAGCCAGGCCCGAGCGGUGGAGUGAAGAAUGCGAAGAGUGCGACGAGCGGGGAGCUCCACGAAGCGAAGUCCUGCCGUGUGAAAGCAUGGCGACGAGGCGGCGCUCCAGCCACGACUCGCUCGGCGCGGGUCGUACGUGUGUUGGGGAGGCGACCGCGAAUGCAGACAGCGAGCCAGAACCGACCCGCAGCCGCGGACACUCCCGUUACUCGAAAAGAAAGGGGGAAAGCCUGGGCUCCACGGGCGAAGGCCGAGGUCGGCGCAGCGCCAGAGAGAGGAGCGACGUGCGCGGGUGGAUUCUGGGGGCGACCUGUCCUGACCCAGAACAGACUCUACAUUCUCGCGCGCCUGAAAGACUGGAGGGCAACCGCGGCGACAGCGAUCCACACUCACGCCCGCAGGACGGACGCGCCGCGGCCAGAUCCAGCCACCCGCCCGCCAGGGAUAUCUUCACUGCGUUUCAAAUAAAAGGGACGCCUCUGGCGAAAGCGCGGCGGCCGUGGGAGGCGGGUGAAAUGCCGAAAAUCAAGGUAUCCUUGUUGACCAGGAAACCCCAAGCGGCCCCUAACAGGGAUGACGCCGUGCAGCCGUAG